AUGAUUAAAUCGAAUGAAGAGAAAAUAAAAGACGAAAAAAAAGAAGAAGCUGAAAGUAAAGAAGAUACAAGUGAAGGAAAUGAAGAUGAAGAAGACACAAAAACUGAAAAAAAUAAUGCUCCCAAAAAUACUGAAAGAAAUUUAAGAAGGAGAUUGAAAGAAAAAGACCAAAAAAGAAUGAAAAAAAAUUUCCAAGCCAGAAAUUACAGGGGACCAAGAACAUACACGGAGACAGAAUUUAGACCAUAUACAAGAAGAAGACCCAUACAAUACUUCCCACCACCACCAACACAAGCACCUUACCCACCACCACCACAAGAACCUUAUCCACCACCUCAGUCAAACUACCCACCACCACCACAAGCACCUUACCCACCACAGCAGUCAAACUACCCACCACCACAAGCACCUUACGCAUCACCGCAGUCAAACUACCCACCACCACCACAAGCACCUUACCCACUACAGCAGUCAAACUACCCACCACAACAAGCACCUUACCCAUCACCGCAGUCAAACUACCCACCAUCACCACAAGCACCUUACCCACCACAGCAGUCAAACUACCCACCACCACAAGUAUACUAUGCACCACCUCAGACUUACUACCCACCAACACAGACAAGCUACCCACCACCGCAAGCAAACUACUACACGGAAAAAAUUUUGGAACAACCCAAUAAUCCGAUUAAUUUUUUGGAAAGGGUAAGACAAGUGCAGGAACGAUUGAAUAUUAGAGCGCAGAAUGUUCAAAACCGGCGACGAAGACCCACAAGAUGGGAUACUCCUUUUGUCGCUGUGUCAAAUGAAGAAGCAAUUGUACCUCAGGAUGUAGCAAGUCUGCCUGUUGAAUCAUCAUUCAUACCAAAUGAAAAUUUGGUUAUGAGUUCUGAAUCUGAAGUCGAGAAAGACCGCCAAAAUAAUAGAGAAAUUGAGGAGAAUCCACAUCCUGAUGAAAAUCUACAACCUGUAGUUAAUCUCGAAAUUGAUCAAAAUACUGAAAGAGAUCCUAAUCAUCAGAAAGAGGAAAUUUUAACAUCAGAGCGGUCUGAUAAUUCAAGUUCACCGGCAUCUGCAAGUUUAGUAAAAGAAGACCAAAAUCUUAGUUUACCAGCACCUUCAAAUUCAUUCUCAAGUUCCUCUUCCAGCUCGUCUAGCUCAUCUUCCUCUUCCUCAUCCAGCUCGUCUUCCUCUUCCAGCUCAUCUUCCUCUUCCAGCUCGUCUCUAUCGUCAUCGUCAUCUAGCUCAACUUCCAAAAGUCUCGAUAAAAAAACAAAAGAAAACGGAAAAAUUCAAAAAAGAUAG